AUGCACGUGAUAAGUACGGGACGCGUUCCUCGUUGGGCGCUUGGGCGCGUCGACCCUGUUCAUCCAACGACGUCGGAACGAAUCCAUCCUGGCCGGCAUACUGGAGGCUUCGGCAAGCACUGCACGGAGAUCGCGUACACCGGAGAACACAUCGCUAGCCCCCAAGCUUCCCAUCAUGUCGGCCACCAGAAGUACGAGCAAAGGCAAGAAGAGGGCGAGGGACGCACCACCGAAAGAAGGGAAGGAAGCCGGGAGUGACAGAGAGUCCGAAAUCCCUGGAGAGGCCCCAGCGAAGAGAUGUGAGCACCCUUCAUGUUGCGCUAGCAGUGUAACCGACACUCGCUCAGCCAAACGUGCCGAAACAAGGCCUUGUCCAAUAUGCCAUGAAUCUAUACCGAUUCGACUUCUCGGGAAACAUGGCGAACUCGAAAUGGCGCGGGUGGACGAGAUAGUGAACCAGAUUGGUUCCACGGACGUUCUCGCUGACGCAGAGCCGGAUGACGGCAUGACCAGUCGGUCGCGUCGUUCGGCAGUGAAGGCUCGGAAAAGCAUGAGCAAUCGCCGUUCCAGCUCGGGCUUCGCCUCUACGUCCGAGUUGACUCUGGAUCAGAUCAACAAGACCGUUCGUAGCAUUCGGAACCGCCGCAAGCAGCGACAUGCCAAGCUACGAGAGCUGACGCGAGAGGAGGAUGAGCAACAGUGGUGGGGUGCUAGCCGUCGAAGUGAUUGCGAGGAGGGAACGGUCUGUCCUGUCUGCGGAAAAGUCGUUGCCGGCGAUUCGGAUGUGGUGGAAGCACACGUCGAUUCUUGCUUGGCACAUGCCAGUAUCCUGGAACAGGAUGCAGCACACAGAAGCACCCCAGACGAUGAUGACGGCGACAUAGACAUUGAUAUUGACGGAGAAGGCGUUGUCGAGAGUGUUACCGCUGGCGUAAGCUUCCGAGGAACGGGUUUCGACACUCGAGAUCGAACCUUGCAAGACAUUGAUGACGAAAUUGACAUCGACGGAGAGGAUGAUGUAUUGUUCGGUGCAGCACAAUUCACGGAAGGCGAUACUAUUCCGCUUGCCAAAGAUCCUCGGGAAGAAGACCCAGGGUCCGAUGCCGAAGACGGUACUGGAAGUCUACCCACUAGACGGAAAGAAGUCGACAGGACGACGUUCAAGGACUUACUCGAGAAUGGUAAGCUCCUGCGCAAGGUGCAGGCGGCGGGCGACUUGAAGCAGACCAUGGACGAGGUGAUGGGGGUCGGCGAAGCUGAGGAGGUGGAGAGGGCCAUUGAGGAGGCAAGACGAGACGGAGAUGACGCAGCAUUGAUCAAAGCCCUAGAGAGCAAAGUGCAGCUGAUGGUCUCCACACGAGUCUCGUCGUCGACAUCCCUCCUAUGCCGCAUAUGUCUGGAUCCGUAUACGGAACCUACAGCGUCGACGGGUUGCUGGCAUACAUGCUGUCGUGAGUGCUGGUUGCGUUGCCUUGGAGCGACCAAGCUCUGUCCUAUCUGCAAACGCAUCACUGGAGCAGGCGAACUCCGGAGAGUUUACCUGUGAGACUGCCUGUUUACUUCGCUUAGUUUGCUAUCGUUCUUUGCGUUGCUCUGCCAUGUUUUGCUCUCAUGUACCAUCUCGGGUUCCUGCGUGAUAGCGGAUUGGGAUAAGUCGGAAGUGCAUGCUAAAGGGAAGAGUGAAACGGAAAUAGAAGAGCUCAUAUCUGGCCUUGUCAAAGUCCUCAUGUACCACGUUUGCGUAAACCGGCCCAACAGCGAGCGGUUACAACAUGCGGCCUCCACGCCAAUGUGCAGGAGUGCAUCAGAGCACCAAAGGUGCCACCACGACAUGUAAU